UGUCCACUAGUCACUACCCCACACCACUCAUCAGUCUUCUUCUUCCUCCUCUGCCAUUGAUCAGAGCUCAAGAAAAACAACUUAUUCAGCUCUUCAGCAAUGGAGCCCAUCCCUCUCCUCACGCCGUACAAGAUGGGCCAGCUCGACCUCGCCCACAGGAUGGUGCUGGCGCCGCUGACGAGGCAGCGCUCCUACGGCAACGUGCCGCAGCCGCACGCCGCCGUGUACUACGCCCAGCGCGCCACCGCCGGCGGCUUGCUCAUCGCCGAGGCCACGGGGGUCUCCGACACGGCGCAGGGAUACAAGGACACCCCGGGGAUAUGGACGGCGGAGCACGUCGAGGCGUGGAAGCCCAUCGUCGCCGCCGUGCACGCCAAGGGCGCGCUCUUCUUCUGCCAGAUCUGGCACUGCGGCCGCGUGUCUACCUUCGAGCUGCAGCCCGGCGGCGCCGCGCCGCUGUCGAGCACGGAGAAGGGGGUGGGCCCGCAGAUGAGCUUCGACGGCCGGCUAGAGGAGUUCGCGCCUCCGAGGAGGCUGGCGGUGGAGGAGAUACCUGCCAUCGUCGACGACUUCAGGAAGGCCGCUAGGAACGCCAUAGACGCCGGUUUUGACGGCGUGGAGAUCCACGGUGCAAACGGGUACAUCAUUGAGCAGUUUCUGAAGGAUAGUGCCAACGACCGCACCGAUGAGUAUGGUGGGGGUCUCGAGAAUAGGUGUCGCUUCGCUCUUGAGGUGGUCGAUGCUGUUGUGAAGGAGGUCGGCGGCCACCGUGUGGGCAUCCGCCUCUCCCCCUUCACCGACUACAUGGACUGCCAUGACUCCGACCCCCACUCCCUUGCGCUCUACAUGUCCACAAAGCUCAACGACCACGACAUCCUGUACAUCCACAUGAUAGAGCCGAGGAUGGCCAUCGUGGACGGCCGACGAGUGGUGCCAAAGCGGUUGCUGCCGUACAGGGAGGCCUUCAAUGGUACCUUCAUAGCCAAUGGUGGGUACGACCGCGAGGAAGGGGGCAAGGUGAUCACCGAGGGGUACACUGACCUGGUGUCCUUUGGACGACUAUUCCUGGCAAACCCAGACCUGCCAAAGCGGUUUGAGGUCGGCGCAGAGCUGAACAAGUACGAUAGGAUGACCUUCUACACCUCGGACCCCAUCGUUGGAUACACCGAUUACCCCUUCCUCGAAUGAUCAUAUAUGUAGAUUCUUUCUUCGACUAUCACAGGUCAUAAUGAAACGUAUGUUGAAGAGCCUCAUCGAGAGGGCAGGGGUGUCCUACAGUUCAUUAAAAAGAAAAGAGGUUGUCCAGUUUAUAA